AUGAAGCUUCACUACAUUACUCUUUUGCUGGGCGCCGUUGUCCAUGUCCAGGCAUGCAUCCGCAUCCAUGCCCGUCACUUUCAGGCGCCAUGGCCAGAGAAAGAUUCCCUCAGCAUCGAAAUCUGGGACGACGAUAGGACUUAUUACCGCUGUCCUUCCUGUAUCUGGGAGUCCUUCUCCGACCAGGGGUGCACGGUGCAGUGCCAUCAGUUCAAGAUCGAGAUGGGGGAGUACGGGAGAUCUGGCCGAGUCACCAACACCAACAACGGAUACUCGCACAAAUUGUCGAUCAAGACUCUUGCCAAACCUGAAAACUGGUGCUGCCUCUUCGGCCAGAACGGCAACUGUCGAGGCCAAUGCACGGUUUGGGAUACUUGCCUGACGGACAACUUCAGCAACUGCAACCAAUACGCCUGCAGGCUGUGUGGGGGAAAAGAGAUUUGCGGCAUCAGGGACAGGCGGGGCCUGGUCGACGGGUUUGAGUAUGAUGACUUUCUCAACGGCACAGCGAUCCAGUUGGAUGUCAAUGAUGUUUUUGACAGUAAAGAAUGA